AUGUGCGCCAACGAAUUGAAAGCACUAAUCGAGACACUCAUAGUAGGUAUCGGUGCCAACACUUGCCUCUACUACAACUUCAAUGGCAAUGCCAGUAUUGAGCUAAGUGAAAUUUGGCAACAUCGCAUCGCACAAAUUUCGCUCACCCAUCAACCUAGCGCACCGUUACAUGAACACUUCUACUCAACUAUACUAAGCGUGGUACAACUCAACUCAGCGCCGCUUGAAGAGCAAUUAAAUAACUUCAAAUUUGCCAUGCAGCUAUGGCACAGCCGUGAUGUACUAUUUUUGGCAAUGAAAAUUGGCAACAAUGUUUCGUCGUCGCUAUCAGCGCCAACAGCGUACUCACUUUUCGCUUGGUGCUGGCGCAAUGGCUUCUACAACGUGCUACUCACCGAUGCCCAAGCUAAUGAACUACUUACAUACGCACCAUUUCCGACUGUCCGCUUGCGGCAUACAUCACUAAGCGCCUACUUAGCCAAGCGCGAUAGCUGGUCGAAUUUCCAUGGCUAUAGCAUACGCGUAAUUUUGGGUACCCAACCGCCGCGCGCUCUAGUCUACAAGGACGCACGUGGCAUGCAGCGUAUUUCCGGUUUGUUACCGCUUAUAAUUAAGCUCUUUGCUGAGCGCUAUAACGCAACGCUACACUUUACCGUUCAUCCAAAUCCUAACUAUGAUUUCAUGCAGUGUAUACCGGAGGUGCUCGCUGGUGUAUAUGACAUUUGCGCCGAUAAUGGCUACUACAGUACUUAUGGUAAGCCGCAUAGCAAACCGCUUUACUUAGUGACCGCCUAUUUUGCAGUGCGUUUUCCGCAGCCGUUAGCAAAAUUUCGUUACUUCUUGUCGCCAUUUCAAGCUUCUACCUGGUGUGUGCUUGUCGCUGCUAUCGCUUACGUUACGCUGCUAUUGGCUUUGAUUAAUUGGCGCGAACAUGGUUAUUGGAAUGUUGGGCAAUAUCUUCUAGAUGUAAUUAGCAGCUUUAUUCUAUCUACUGUUCAUCCAAAUCUAUUUGAGUCGCAUCGCGGCAAAUUCAUUUUCAUACUACUCACCAUUGUUGGGUUCAUCGUAGCUGAAUAUUACUUGGCUUUUCUCUCCAGUCUGCUCAGCACGGAUCUCUAUGAGUGUCCAAUAAAUACAGUAGAGCAACUCAUAGCCAACAAUAUCAGCAUACUCUCUGUCUACGCCUACCAAAGUAUAGUGGACAAAUAUCUAGAGUAUCCAGAAUUGAUGUCGCAUGUUAAAUAUCUCCCAAAUGGCGUAGUGAAGCUACACCGUGAUCAGCUUGAUCCCAGCUAUGCUUAUAUAAAUGUGUUCGAUAUAUGGCAACUUUUGUUUUAUCAACAAAAAUUUUUGUUGCGUCCACGUUUAAAGUUGCUGGAGAAGCCGCUUACUACGCAUCUCAGCGGUAUGCCGUUGCCUCAUUAUUGGCCAUUUGAGAAGAUUUUCCAUCGUCAUGUACAGCAGUUAUUCGAAUUCGGAUUUCAUCAUUACUUCAUGCAGGUAACCAUCGAGGAUGCAGUCAAAGCGGGAUUCUUAACACUCUUCAAGACGGAAUGGCACGAAGCAGUGGCACUUAACUUGUCCGAUUUUGAAAUGCCAGCAAUUUUACUGAUCGCCGGUUAUUUGAUAGCGUUUGUGGUAUUUGUGAUUGAAGUGAUUUGGCACAAGAUUUUAAAGAAGUGCGAAUGA